CCAUCUCUGCUCACCGUCGACCGCUGACAGCACCGCCGGCUCCAUCGCGACUCCGCUUCCCGUGUUCUUCCUUGCAACACUGUCAGACAUCAGCACCAUUUGCUCCUGUCAGCACCGUCGGACGGACAUCGGCACUGUUCUGUAUCGCGUCGCCACCAUCUGCCAGCACCGUUGGACAUCGUCUCCAGCACUGUCCGCUUCCUUCCAGGUGUAAACAUUGCAAAGAUAGGUUCUCCCACGCGCGUCGGAACGUGUGAACAGAUUUAUAUUUUUUUGGAAAAAGGACGUGUCUGUGCUUCCUUGCUUGAAAACCCUAGACGCUGUUUCGCAAGGGUUUUUGCAAGCAGUUUCGUUCCUUCUCAGAGCAACCCAUUAUGGACGAGAAGAUAGACACCGCAGACAAAAAGGUGCUGGUUGAUAUUGUAAAAUUGUCACAAAAAAGAGGCUUGAAGGGUAAACAGGGAGACUGGAAAGAAUUCUUGAACAUUUAUGAUAAAAAGUUUGGGGCAGGUUUGAGUGAUCCAUCAAAGAGGUCCCAUGAGAUUUUGGCUGCAUUUCUAAAGACAUUUUCCAAGGAGGAUGAUUUGAAGUUUUUUGCUAACAUCAUGCGGCAUCAUUCAAAUCAAGACACACUGGAGCAAUUGAAGGAUAAAUCUCAUGAUUCCCCUGGGCAGAGGCUAGUCCAAGUAACUCUCCAGCACCCAUUAUAUCCAUUGGAUUAUUCUUCACCAAUUGAUGAGGGAUGGGUAAUUAUAAACCUUAAAAAGAAACCCAAGGUGAUGAAGUGUACUGCAAUGGUUGCUGUUGAUUGUGAAAUGGUUCUCUGUGAGGAUGGGACUGAAGCACUAGUCAAAGUCUGUGUGGUAGACCACAAUUUAGAGGUCAAAGUAAAUGAACUUGUAAAACCCGACAAAGCAAUUGCAGACUACAGAACAGAAAUUACUGGUGUCUCUUCUCAAGAUCUAGAGGCAGUGACAUGCUCCUUGGCCAAUAUACAGAAAUCCAUGAAGAAGUUGUUGUCAAAUGGAACCAUAUUAGUGGGACACAGUUUACAUAACGAUCUACGUGUGCUGAAGCUAGAUCAUGUUAGAGUUGUUGACACUUCAUAUAUCUUCCAAUCCUCGGACGGAUCUAUUCACAGGAGACCUUCUUUGAAUAGUUUAUGUCAGGCUGUGUUAGGCUAUGAAGUUCGGGAAAAUGGUGCUCCACAUAAUUGUCUAGAUGAUGCAUGUGCAACAAUGAAACUUGCUCUUGCAAAGAUCAAGCAUGGUGUUGAUACAGCAUUUCCGUUGGUUCAGGAGCGUGUUUCAGAAAUUGAGAUGGCGAAGCUCCUCCUUCACAGGAUACCAAUUACUGUGAACAGUAAAACUCUACAUGAAGUUGUUCCUGGAGACUUCACAUUAGAACUGAAGCCUUCGAGGAAAGGUCAAGGAGAAAAAUAUUCUGCCUUAGCUAUCUUUAAGAAACCACAAGAGGCAAAUGAUGCCUAUGAAAACGUCCAAGGCAGCCAAUUAAAGGAUUCAUAUGGACGUCCACAGAAACUUGUCACAUUUCGGCUAAGUACAGGCAUUACUGCCACUCUAUUUGUUCGGAAAAUGGCAACUGAUGAUCCUCAUGACCUGAUUCCAUGUAAGAGAGCUUCAGAAGUGAAUGAGGUUGUUGAUGAAAUUUCCAAGAAAGCAAAGACGGAUCCUAAAAUUGAAGAGGAUGCCCUGACAUGCUCCAGUAAGUGUGACACUGACACCCACUUGAAUGAGAUUGAAGCACUGAAUCAACGAGUGAAGCAAAGUGAUUUGGAGAUUGAAUCAUUGAGAGAACAGUUGAGACAAAAGGAUUUUGAAAUCUCCAUGCUGCAUAAAAUGGUAUCCUCAUUAAAAAAGCGAACAAAACAAUCCUAGUAGCCAUGGCAUUGGAAUGUUUGAUCAAUGAAUUUCAGGACAUGCUCCCUCUCUGGUGUUUCUUAUUCAGUUAUGGCAAUUUUUUACAAACCGUACGGGAGUAUAACCCAGAGCUUUGAUACAUUGUGAACUGCUGAAUUUGGGUUGGAAAACUAUACUUGUUUUGCAAAUUCAAAUUUGUAACUAAAAUUUUGCUCCCGAGGGAUUGGUGACAUUAGUCAUUACUGCAAUUUUGCGUUCGACAGAAUUAUGUCAUGUGGUGUGGUAUUAUGUUAUUGUUUGAAACAUUUCUUUUAAUAUUGGAUUAAGUUUAUAUUUUAUGAACAUAUUAUGGAAU